AUGCCUUUGAGGGUUCGAAAAGCUUGGUUCGAUAAUGCGAAGCUUACUCCUGGCUAUGUGAUCAUUGCUUUCAGCCAGGACUAUGAUGGCUACUGCCUUGUCGCCGAAAGCUCUCUUCAGUUGAUCGAUCGGUCUCUCGCUGCUGGCGAUGUUGUCAAGAAAAGGCUUUCAGAUGCACAGAGUGGAACCGUGAUAGCUACGUCUCUUAUGUGCUCUUUGCGUCCUACAUGCAGCCAAGCCGAUUUUUCGAGACGACAGCAUCCUCCAGUCCAAGUUCAUACGCCAUCUCAUGGGCCUCGCGCCCCAAGGCAUGAUAGUAAAGAUGCAACGACACCUAGUUCCAAGCUUGUUCAUGGAUUUCCAGCCCCGACCAGCCCGGAAGUGAAUGGACUGAAACCAUUAAAUAGCGCUGUCUCGCCCUUUCUUCAAGCCCCUGCUUCAGAGUUGAAGUUUUGGAACACCUAUCGUGAAGAGGAUAAUCUGAUGUACAAAGGAUGGAUUGGGGAAGUGAGAUCUGUUUAUGAUGAAGUCACGAUUCGUCUCGCUAAUGGUAGCGUGGUUGUCGUUGAGGACCCAGAGGAGCUUGAUGAGCCUUACUGGAUCCCUGGUACUCCUUCUUAUGAGCUCGCGCAGCGCCUAGAUUGUGCUGGUUAUUACCAAUAUUGCCCAAAGCAACACGCUCCAGGAGUGGGCCAAACCCGAUCGAUCCCAGCUGAACCUUGCUAUCCUGGCCAGCACGUCCAAACAAAGAAGGGCAACUUACGCUGCGGAAGAUGGAAGUUCGGUGCCUAUGAUCCAGCAAUUACGCCAAGGGGGAUAGUAGUUGAUGUUCGCAACGUACAGAUUGAGGUUCGCUGGCUGUCUCCAAUUGCAUCUCAAGAUGCUCCGCCACUCCAGCCGUCGACGCUGUUAGAUACUGAAGAGCUUCAGACUGGAGAGAUCAUCGUCUUCGAUCGGAGCAAGCUUCCUAAACAGCUGGUUGCUAACGCCUCUUACAGCCCAGAUACCGGCUUUGGCAAUAAGGUGAGGUUCAGGGAUCCCACCGGUGCUGCAGUCAAGUAUGGUCCUGCCUCUAAAGGUGCCACUCAUCCUGACCCAACGCCCGUCUUUGAUCGAAUACCUCGUGCUGCUACCCAAGGAUUCGAUAUGAAUGUGCUCCAGGUCGUUGCAACGUCUACCAAGGUCACGGUACGUUGGCAGGACUGUUCUAUCACCGAAGACGACUCAGCUCAACUAUUUCCUUACUUGAAUCCCGAUGAAAAUGAUGUGUGGCCAGGCGAGAAGGUGUCGUUCCUCCCGGACGAGGAGAAAAUGGGCGAUCAGGUCCCAAUCAUUCGCCUUCACAAAGUGGGAGUGGUGCAGUCCGUGGACGCCCGAGAGCGUAUCGCUCGUGUCAGAUGGUUUGAAGGCACCGAGAUCGAUAUAGACGAAGAAGAGAAGGCCUCCCAGUACUCCGCGUCAACUUAUGGGAAGUUGCGUAAUGAGGUUGUAGAAGUUGCUCUUUAUGACAUUGCUGCUCACGCCGCUUUGGCCUUGAAUCUAGGCGAUCUUGUUAGGAUCGCUCCAGAGCAGGCCCUGUCACCAGCACACGCUGCUGGUGGAGAAGAUCUUCGAUCGUUUCUAUCCACUGAUCCUGAUGGAGAUGUCGACAUGCCGUACGCAUAUUCUAGUUCGCUCCCCCUUUCAAGAGUCGCUCAGCCAUCACUGCUUUUCAAUCCCGGAUUCUUGACUGCCCCUCUUGAGAGAGCUCAGACAUUCAUGGGGCUGGCAGGCGAUGACCCCGGCUCAACACCGCAAGGAAGAUCUCUUUCGCAGGGCAAUGAAUGGGUCGGAGAGAUUAUUGAUUUAUGUCUUAAUGGAGAGGUUGUAAUCCGGCUCGGAGCCGCUUCCGAGGCCCGAGAUGUCAAAGUACCUGUGGAACGAGUGGUAGUCGUUGCUUCUACAAUUACAGGCAGCUCAGACUACAGCGAAGAAGAUGAUGACGACGACGGAGAAUCAUAUUUCAGCGAUGCUAUGUCCGUGAGCGACGGGUGGUCAGACCGUGAAACAGAUCAGGAAUCAGUGGGGGCUAUUGAUGUCACUGUGGAGUACGAAGGUGGAGAGAAAUUCAAUGACGACGAUGACGAGGGUAUGUGGGCCACUGAUGAAGACGAUGUCGGAGACCUGGACAUGCAGAAGUCCAGCGAUGAUGAGAAUCCGCCAGUCUAUCAUCUGGAGGCCGUGAAUGACGACCUUGUCCAGCUUGAUCGCGGACUAACCUUGGAGCCGCCAAACCUAAGCUCCAAUGCUGACACAGCGACGCGACUUUCCAGCUGUUCCUCGAUGCCACCUCCCUUUUUUGUGCUUGAGGACGCGGCACCCUCAGAUCAUCAUUUUUUCGGUUUGAGUCGGCCAUUGACCGCCGACCUUAUGCGGCGCGUCAUGAAAGAGCACAAGAUUAUGCAAUCCUCUCUACCAGACGGGAUUUUCGUCAGGAGUUGGGAGUCCCGACUCGAUCUGCUGCGUGUACUGAUAGUUGGACCUUUCGAUACGCCUUAUGAGUUCGCUCCUUUCGUCGUGGACCUUCACUUCGGGCUAUCAUUUCCUGCGUCCCCACCGGAUGCUUUCUUCCACUCUUGGACUGGUGGCUUGGGCCGCAUAAAUCCGAAUCUGUAUGAAGAUGGCAAAAUCUGUUUAAGUCUGCUGGGUACUUGGAAUGCCGACGAACGAAACGAGGAAUGGUCUUCUAAAAGAUCGACCGUUUUACAGAUACUUGUGAGCUUGAUGGGGCUAGUUCUGGUAAAAGAACCGUAUUACAAUGAAGCAGGCUUCGACGUAUUGAUCGGCUCUGCAGACUCCCAGUUGCCCUCCGCAUUGUACAACGAAAAGGUCUACGUGAUGUCCAAGGGCUUCAUCAAGACUGCUUUGAUAACUGCACCAAAUGGUUUCGCCGACGUCAUCCAGUGGUUGUAUCUUUCAUCUCAGCCAGGCCCGAACCUUCUACGCCGUGUUGUUGAGGAUUCGAAGAAGUUGUUGGCCAAUAGCACCACCACGAGCGCAGUCGUUAGCGCUUCCGGCGCGAUGGACGAAGGGGGUUCAACUCGGGCAAAACUCAGCACUGGGGCAUCAAUCUUGCUCCGAAGAAACGUUGAAUGGUUGGAGGAUUUCAUGGUACAGUAUGAUAAGGGAAUAGUUGCCAUGCAUCAUGGGAAGGUCUGA